CAAAGGAAGCGGAGAAAAACUCGAGGGUGGAUCUGUCGUGGAGCGUAAUCGUAAAACAAGAACGUGGUUUCCCGUAUCUUCUUCUGUAUGUUUUCGCGUCAGAAGACAUGCCCUUCCUCUCUUGGUUGCCGUUCGAUCGAGCGUCGACUCUGAUGGGCGGUGGUGAAUCGUCGGUGCAGUUGUUUUGAAUGAACUCCCUCCCUCAGUUCCUUCCUUCCUCUCUCUCAAAUCUCUUCUCUCUUUCCUGAGAUCUCUCACAAAUCUUCUUCAUCGCCAUCCCUCUCUCUAGCCCUCCCUCCCUUCCGCAGUCGCGAUCUCCUCGAUGUGAGCCCUCAUCGACUAGUCCAGAAGCCACACGAUACUUGGAAAGAAGAAUGGCGGGUUUUGGCGUGAUCCGCGUUGGUGCUCGAUCGGUGGAGAGGGGUAGUGGACACGGCUUCUUCCGCGCCCUCUUCUCUUACAGAGUCUUCGUUACAGCCAUGUUUUCUCUCCUUUUCCUCGCUUCUCUUUCUCUUCUCACCACCACGACCUCCACCACCACGAUGCCGGAUCCCGUUGGUCUCCUCAAGAAUCCGAAUCACCACCACCAUCUACACGCCUAUGUCAGUAGGACAUUCCUCGCCCUCAAAACCGAUCCGUUCAAGACUCGACUCGACUUGAUUGUGAAGCAAGCCAACGAUCACGUUGCCCUUGUUAACGCCUAUGCUGCCUAUGCUCGCAAACUCAAGCUCGAGAACACUAAGCAGGUCCGGCUCUUUGCCGAGCUCUCGCGAAAUUUUUCAGAUCUGCUCUCAAAACCAUCUUAUCGGGCUUUUCUGCAAUCUGACAACGCCAUUGAAGAAGAGACCCUACGCCAGUUUGAGAGAGACCUCAAGGAGCGGAUCAAGAUCACUCGGCAGAUUAUUGCCGACGCCAAAGAGUCUUUUGAUAACCAGCUUAAGAUCCAGAAACUCAAGGAUACCAUAUUUGCUGUCAAUGAGCAGCUAACCCGUGCGAAGAAACAUGGGGUUUUCUCGAGCCUAAUUGCUGCCAAGUCGAUACCGAAGAGCCUGCAUUGCCUCGCUAUGAGAUUGAUGGAGGAACGAAUCUCAAACCCAGAAAAGUACGUUGAUUCAGGGCCCCCACCUCCUGAGUUGGAGAACCCCAAUCUUUAUCACUAUGCUAUUUUCUCAGAUAAUGUCAUUGCGGCAUCCGUGGUUGUGAAUUCAGCAGUGAAGAAUGCAAAGGAUCCACGGAAACACGUUUUCCAUGUUGUGACCGACAAGAUGAACCUUCCUGCGAUGCAGGUCUGGUUCAAAAUGAGGCCCCUGAAUGGUGCCCAUGUUGAGGUCAAGGCAGUGGAGGACUACAAGUUUCUCAACUCAUCUUAUGUUCCAGUUCUGCGCCAGCUUGAGUCUGCGAAUCUGCAAAGAUUCUACUUUGAAAACAAUGCACAGAAUGCGACCAAGGACACUGCAAAUAUGAAAUUCAGAAACCCGAAGUAUCUUUCAAUGCUGAAUCAUCUGCGGUUUUAUCUGCCAGAAAUGUACCCAAAGUUGCACAGAAUCCUGUUUUUGGAUGAUGAUGUGGUGGUGCAAAAGGACUUGACAGGCUUAUGGAAGGUUGAUAUGGAAGGAAAGGUGAAUGGGGCAGUAGAGACAUGUUUCGGGUCAUUCCAUAGGUAUGACAAAUACAUGAACUUCUCAAAUCCCCUUAUCAGGGACAGGUUUAAUCCCAAGGCCUGUGCCUGGGCAUAUGGGAUGAAUUUCUUUGAUCUUGAUGCUUGGAGGAGGGAGAAAUGUACGGAGCAGUACCAUUACUGGCAGAAUAUGAAUGAGAACCGAACACUCUGGAAAUUAGGAACACUACCACCAGGAUUGAUCACUUUCUAUUCGACAACAAAGCCGUUAGACAAGUCCUGGCAUGUUCUUGGGCUUGGUUACAAUCCUAGCAUAAGCAUGGAUGAGAUACAGAAUGCUGCGGUGAUACAUUUCAAUGGGAAUAUGAAACCUUGGCUUGACAUUGGCAUGGAACAAUUUCAGCAGCUUUGGAAAAAACAUGUAGACUACGAUAUGGAGUUUGUGCAAAUGUGCAAUUUUGGCCUUUAGAAAAUAGAAAUUCCACAGCCUCUGUCUCUUUUGGGAGGAAGCAAUCCAGGGGAUAGAGGAUAUCUUGGAAACUUUAGUUUGCUACAAGAUAAGUGUACUCAGUCAGUUGCUAUAGCUGUUUAAUCACAGACGACGUAUUUAUUCAUUCUAAUGGAGUUGUUACUUGCUUUCUC